AUGAGGCGCCACAGGUGUGACAGCACAGCCUCUGUGCCUCAGUUCUGUAACUCCCCGACUGUGAUUGUGAUGGUGGGAUUGCCUGCCAGAGGGAAGACAUACAUCUCCAAGAAGCUCACUCGCUACCUGAACUGGAUUGGAGUUCCUACAAAAGUGUUUAACGUGGGCCAGUAUCGCAGGGAGGCAGUGAAGACCUACAAGAACUUUGAGUUCUUUAAACCUGACAAUGAGGAGGCCAUGAGGAUCCGCAAGGCCUGCGCUUCAGCUGCACUCAAAGAUGUUGCUGUGUACUUCACAAAAGAACAUGGACAAGUAGCCGUGUUUGAUGCAACCAACACCACAAGAGAGAGAAGAGCCAUCAUCAACACUUUUGCUAAAGAGAGAGGCUAUAAAGUGUUCUUUGUGGAAUCCAUCUGUGAAGACCCAGAAAUCAUUACAGAAAAUAUCAUGCAAGUAAAGUUUGGGAGUCCAGAUUACAUUGAUCGUGAUAUAGAGGAGGCUAUGCAGGACUUCAUCCAGCGAAUUGAAUGCUACAAGGCAUCCUACAUGUCUAUCGAUGAUGAAAUAGACAGGAACCUCUCCUACAUAAAGAUCUUUGACGUGGGCAGUAGAUACCUGGUGAACCGGGUCCAGGAUCACAUUCAAAGCAGGAUUGUCUACUACCUAAUGAACAUUCAUGUCACACCGAGAUCCAUCUACCUGAGUCGCCAUGGAGAAAGUGAACUCAACCUGUUAGGUCGCAUUGGUGGGGAUUCAGGCUUAACCCCGAGAGGACAUCAGUAUGCUGGUGCUUUGGCAUCCUUCAUCAGGGGUCAGAACAUCAAGGAUCUGAAGGUGUGGACGAGUCACAUGAAGAGAACUAUUCAGACUGCAGAGACUCUGGGAGUCCAGUAUGAACAGUGGAAAGCUCUCAAUGAGAUAGAUGCUGGUGUGUGUGAAGAACUAACCUAUGAAGAAAUUCAGGAGAAUUUUCCAGAAGAGUUUGCAAUGAGAGACCAGGACAAGUAUCGUUAUCGUUAUCCUAAGGGAGAGUCGUAUGAGGACCUGGUCCAUCGUUUAGAGCCAGUGAUCAUGGAGCUGGAGAGGCAGGAAAAUGUCCUGGUUAUCUGCCACCAAGCUGUAAUGCGAUGUCUACUGGCUUACUUUCUAGACAAAGCUGGAGAUGAGCUACCUUAUCUCAGAUGUCCUCUUCACACAGUGCUUAAACUCACACCUGUAGCUUACGGAUGUAGAGUUGAAUCAUUUUUCCUCAAUAUUGAAGCUGUCAACACACACAGAGAGAAGCCAAAGAAUGUCAGCCUGAACAGAAACCCAAAGGAAGCUCUGCAGACUGUUCCUGAUCAUAUAUAAAAACUGUUCUGAGAGAAACUGACCCGAUGUGUUGCUGCUUAUGAG